AUGGCACGUCUAUCGCUAUCCAGAGUUGCUGCUGCCAAAGAAAACAAAAUCCUCAGAUCUCUCAGCUUCGACAGCCGCCCCGUCCGUCACAGCUCCAUCCUCGACGCCUCCACCCGUACGUUCGAAUGGGUGUUCAAGGAAGCUGGACAACGCGAUAGUGUUGCAGGCAGGACCUCAACCCCCACCGGGAGUUUCCUCAGAUGGCUAAAAGAAGGCGACGGCUUCUUCUGGGUUACGGGAAAGCCUGGCUCGGGCAAAUCGACCCUCAUGAAAUUCAUCGCAGACCAUCCAACCACAUUGACCGUGCUCUCCCGCUGGUCCCAUCCCAAACGCCCAGUGCUGGCGAGCCAUUACUUCUGGAGCGCCGGAACGCCGAUGCAAAAGUCCCAGCAGGGGCUCCUGCAGACCUUGCUCUACGGCAUCUUUCGGCAGCUGCCCGAUAUCAUGGAAACAGUCUGCACGGAGCGCUGGUCCAAGACCUUCGAGGAGCUCGAACAUGAGCCGUGGCUGGUUCCUGAACUGCAGCGAAUCUUGCAACGCAUUGCGGAUCGCCAGGAUCUCCCGGUCAGGUUCUGCUUUUUCGUCGACGGUCUCGAUGAGUUUGGCGGGGACCACGUUGACUUCUGUCGCAGCCUCCAUGAGCUUGCUCAGUCGCCGCACAUAAAGCUCUGCGUCUCAAGUCGAGAAUGGAACGUCUUUGAAGACUCGUUUGGCGGGGGCAGCAUAGACUCAAAGCUUUACAUACAUGAGCUAACCUGCAAUGACAUCCGGUCCUAUGCCGAACGACGGCUCCAAGAGCACCCGCGGUGGAAAGAACUCGAGACUGAGGUUUCCAACGCGUCCUGGCUUAUCGAAGAGAUCACAAAACGAGCGGCUGGUGUUUUCCUGUGGGUGUUUCUCGUCACCAAGGAGCUCCGCAGCGGCCUCAGCGAAUAUGACAGCUUCUCGGAUAUGCAGAGGCGCCUGGAGAGCAUUCCUGUCGACCUCGAGGCUUUUUUCAAGCACAUCCUCGAGUCUGUCGAGACGUUUUAUCACCAGAAAAUGGCCACGACCCUGCAGAUCGCACUCGCCGCAACAGAGCCCGCCCCUGUUGCCGUCUACCAUUUUCACGAUGUCGAGUACGAAGACCAGGACUAUGCGCUCAAACUGCCCCUGCAGGCACUGGAAAAAGUAAAAGCUGCGUCCUUGUGUCAGCAGAUAACACGCCGGCUAAAGGGUCGCUGUCGCGGCCUCCUCGAAGUAAACCGCCACAGCCACCGCGUCGAAUUCCUUCAUCGCAGCGUCAUGGAUUUCUUGCGGACCGCAGAGAUGUCGAUAUUCUUGACAGAAAAGGCCCCACACGGCUUCGAUGCUCGUCUUUCUUUGCUGCAGGCUUACACAGCCUAUAUCAAAACCACCGAGUUUCCCGAGUUCGUCGACAGGACAGAUUUCAACCAGCACACCGCCUCUGGCCUCAUGUCAGCGAUCGGCGAGACUCUGGUUCAAGCCCGGGAGCUCCAUGGCGAGAUGGCCGAGGCCGCGUACCCGCUCCUUGAUGAACUGGAU